AUGACUCUGCCACUACAUCACACGGCCAGUCAGAAAUGGCCUAGUCGAGCAUGCUCACGCACACUUCGACGACACAGUAUUGUUUAUGGUAGCUUGGCCUUUCUAGCGGUUGGCAUUUUAUGCACUACACUGGUUGUCAGCACCUGGACUCGUACUGAGGCAUCGGCGCCACCAGCAAAACGUGGACUGGACAGUGAGGAAGUGGUCUCUAGAGAGGCAAAGGAAUCGUACCUUGAGCUAAAUUCGUGGCCUUCUCAAUCAACCCACCAAGGUUGGCCGACAAUCACCACAACUACGGCAAGUCCUGGCACUCUCGAAUCUCCAGUCGACCUACUCGGUGGCCUUACUGGCCUUACUGGCGUGAUGUCACACUUUUACGUUGGCCAGACGAAUUAUAAACCUACGGAAUUUUAUUCAUCAUCUCCGCCAAACCCUGUGCCCGCUGAUCCGCUGAUGGCAUUAUCCGAGGCUUUUCGAAAGGUCAUAGCCAGCGGUGAAUCGCCACACAAUAAUACCGACAUCCAGAAGCCAGAUAUCAAAGCAAGGCAAAACCGCCAGUAUAUCGAAGACUCCAUCUUGUGGGCGGGACAGCCGUCGCUGCUCGGUAUGCUCUCCGACAUCGUUGGUCAAGUUUGCUUCAUUGACCCCGGUGCUGGCGCGAGACUGCUUGAUACAAUUCUGGGCGCCCUUCCUAUUGACAGUAUGGGCAUCACAGGUGCUAUUACUACCGUGACAGAGCAUUCAUCCGCGUCGACCACUGAUAUACUACCGUUGAUCUUGCCAGCCAUUGCGACCGCGCUCGGAAAACGUGUUGAACAGUCCCGCAUUGCGGACACUCAGAAUAUCAAUGGCAUCAUGGGAACCUUGAUCUGGCAUGGUGGAGUAUUUGUGGGCGAAAUGAUCAACUCCGAGAUAUAUUUGGCCAGCACGGAGCUGUACGAUGUUCUGAGCCAGGUGGCGGGACUCAUGUGUGCGGCCGGAGGCCAUCUUGCCCUUCCAAUCUCUCCACAAAUGGGCACACCGAGCCAGAUCCGUCUGCUCAAAAUGCAGCGUGCCCGGUUUGCUCAUGCCCCGGUGAAGCGCCUCCCGCUUACUCUUCUGGUCCAUGCGACAAUUGCGCUACGGAACCGCCAGAAGAAAUCCCAUCCAGCUAUGGAUACGAAGGGCGAAAGCUUACCAGCCCGAUUGCAGUGA